GGAUCUUUCACAAACCAAGUACCACACAGAGCGAAAUUACAGUGGUCCAUUAUUGUACCGCCAGAGGAGAGAUUCUAAUAUCCUUGCAUCUGUAGAAGAUACAUCAGAAGGGGCAGUUGUGCAACGUAAGGGACGUUUUAAGGUCACAUCAGCAGAUCUCAGUCCGAAGGGACCUACAAACUGCACCUUCAACCCAGUUGGCGUAGGCUUAAACAGUCCAGCUUUGCUGAACUUUACAGCUGCCUCAAUUCUUCCAUCACUGCAAAGCAUUUUGCUUCAGAACACCAUGCAAAGGGAAGAAAUUAUUAGACUGAUUAAGUAUGUGGAGCAAACCUCUGGUAAGCAUGCAGAUCCAGUUGAUGUAGUUAUUGAUGAUGUUUCGCAGAUAACCCCUUCUACUCCUAGGGAGAGAGAGCUCGUGUCGCAGAUGAUUCAGCUGCAACAGAGUAUUGGGAGCCUUAUUGAGGAAUUGCAGACACAGAAGAUGAAAAAUCAUCAGUUAGAGAAACAAUUGAAUGCUUUGGCCAAUAAAGUAGAAAGAGUAAGAGAAUGAAGCAUGAGGGUGAUGGGAUGCCUUAACCCAGAUUAUUUAGUCAGAUGGUGAGAGUUCUCAAGCCUCAUGGGAGGUUCUUUUAGUGAUGUAAGGGGGGGCCUUUCUGGAUUGAAUUCUUAUUGUACCAUAUUAUGUGAACUUGUUAGGCAAAAGAAGAAAAAAAGAGAAGAAAAGUACACGCCUAAAUUUUGAGAAUUCCCAUUCCUUGAGUUCAUAUUUGUGAAAAAUGUUGUAAUUUAUUGACAGUAUAUUGUAAUUAUAUUGCAUAAUCUUUGGCGUUUUGUCUAAUACACAGAUGGUCGAAGGGGAGUUUAACCUCUCACCUUAGUGAAAA